AUGGCUGCUCUUGUUAAUCGUGUUACAGCUCUUGUACCAAAACUUGCUCUUCCUGUGGCACGUUAUGGACAAUCAAAAUUAUCUCGAUUUUGGUAUUUUGCUCGUGUUGAAUUACGACCACCAAUGCCCAAUGAAUUCGGUCAAAUUCAACAAGGAAUACAACAAAUUGUUAAAUCAGCUUCAACUGGUGCUUGGCGUCAAUUAACAGUUAAACAAUUUUCAUUAAAUACACUCGUCGGUCUUGAAGUAUUAUUUUGGUUUUAUAUUGGUGAAUGUAUUGGUCGUGGUAGCAUCAUCGGUUACCGACCUGGACGUAGUGAAGGCAUCCCAGCUCCAUAUAAAUACUUUAUGUGA